AUGGCCCGCACCAAGCAGACCGCCCGUAAGUCCACUGGUGGCAAGGCUCCUCGCAAGCAGCUUGCAUCCAAGGCUGCCCGCAAGUCCGCCCCGUCUACCGGUGGUGUCAAGAAGCCUCACCGCUACAAGCCUGGUACCGUCGCUCUCCGUGAGAUCCGUCGCUACCAGAAGUCGACCGAGCUCUUGAUCCGCAAGCUCCCCUUCCAGCGUCUCGUUCGUGAAAUCGCUCAGGAUUUCAAGUCCGAUCUCCGCUUCCAGUCUUCUGCCAUCGGUGCCCUCCAGGAAUCCGUUGAGGCCUACCUCGUCAGCCUUUUCGAGGAUACCAACCUCUGCGCCAUCCACGCCAAGCGUGUCACUAUCCAGUCCAAGGACAUCCAGCUUGCCCGCCGCCUCCGUGGUGAGCGCGGUUAA